AUUUAAAUUGAUUUAAUGACAAAAAGUGACACAUAAAAAAGUCAGUUUUAGGAGAAAUUUCAAAAUUUUAGUGCAAACGUACUUCUUAAAAACUAUUUCAAAUGUUGAAGAAAUUUGCAGAUUGUCCAGAAUGUCGAAAUUGUUUAGCUUUGGAUUUCGCGGUUGUUCAAAACGGUUUGUCAAUUCUUUGCGAAAUGUCCCGAAAACAUAAAUUAAGAGUAGCCAAAGUGGUGGCCACAUUUAUAACAAUAUUUUUUAGGAGGUUCUUCGAUUCCUUAUUUUCGAAACGACAUAUUGUAACAAAAAAUAUUUUUAGGGGAUUGAAAGAGAGGACGGUACUGCCAUAUUCAGACGAGCCCAAUUGGCCAAUCAUAGUUUUAUGUGGUUUCAUUGUGUACUUCAUAAUGGCAGAUAUAUAUCCUUACUACCUUCGGCAAAGGGACAGAAACAUUGGUUUCGCAGGGUGAAAUGUCUUGUAAAAAAAUUCUAAACUAACACUAUCAAGUGUUUGUCAAUAAAUCACAUUUGAAAUAAAAUCAUGAUUCAUUUUUAAUUAUCUGUUCGAUUGACAAGUUACUGAAAUGUCAAGAUGAAUUUUACGGCAUCAUUGUCAAUGUUAAAAUAACAAAAUCUCGGUUUAGUAUAAUUUCAAUAAUAUUUGCAUGAUAAAGAUUAAUUUUAUAUCGACUGUAACAUCUUGAAACAUUUUUUUAUUUGCGAAAUUGUUUCCGAAGAAGUAAACAUCUGAUACAUUUAUAGGGAGAAUGACAGGGGUCUGACCAAGACUUGAACAAAAACCCUUUGAAGUUGUAAAAUGAAUAUAGCUGUUGGAUCUUCUGCAACGGUUCUUACAAUUAUUUUAAGGCGUGUUCUUGACAAAAAUCGUAUCAUGGCAAUUACCAGGAGCAAUGCACCCACAAAAUUUAUCACAGGAUGUUUACCUGCAAUUCUAGGAUUACUUCGCCCAUCAUUGGGAGUCAUAGCUUGUGGACUGUACUACAUUUUGAAAGGUAUUUCAAAGGGGCUGAUGGUCGUUAGCAGAAGAAGGCGAGCAGGCAACCGCCCGAAGAAACACCUCCACAAGUCCUGGUUACUUAAAAACCUAUCGGAAGGGACCAACGAAAAGAAGAAGGAUGCACUGAAGUACCUUUGCACAGACAUUACAGAAAUGUCCUCCACGUCUAAAACAAGUUUUCAAAAGAUCGGUGAAGUGUCAAACGAUACAAAUUCUAACACUUCAGGAUCUCUUCCAGGCACCAAAAAGAAGAAAUCUAAAACACCUCGUCGUGCUCCUUCAAAGGUUUCUAAAUUGUGUUUGGACCGAAGAAGUAGCUGUUGUCUGAGACAUUCCAAGUCUAGUAUGUCUCAAAAACGGUCAAUUGCUGAUUAUAAAGACAGCAAGACUGUUGGCAUAUACUACAGAAAACGUGUAACCCAAAAUGGCCCGGACGAAGACGAAUUAGAUGAUCCUCAACUAGAAGCUCAACUUUUUAAGAAGUAUUGUACAUCGCAAGCUGAUCUGAACAUCCUUGCAAGUAACAAGGAUGUUGCCCAAGCACAAACAAGAAGUAGUAAUUCUAUUAGAAAUAAAUUAUACAUCAAGCAAGUUGGUAGCCGUGAAGAAGAUGCUACCUCCAACAGUUUAACGACUUCUGAUUUGGAUCAUUCCAAACGUUCAGUUCCAAUCACCGACAGUGGUGGAAACACAACAACAAAUGAAGAAGCUUCCUGUGUGAAUGACAGAAGAAGUAAGACUGAAGGACUAAAUGAUCAAGCAAUCUUUUUCGCUGACAAUAUGGAUUAUGCCACAUCUUUGCAUGCCACCGAAUCCUAUAUGAUGACAAGACAAAGGAGAAGGCUGAAAAGGAACAGGAAAUACAAGAGCUAUUUUACAGAUAAGAAGUGUAAAUACAAAAGAAAGAGACCAAGUUGUAGGCUUUGUCUUGAGGAGCUACGAAAACUGAAAGCUCUUUCUACGAAAGCCGCGGCAUUAAGGAAAGCUUCGAGGAGAAGGGGAAAGAAGAUUUCUACUCGUAGUUCGGAUUUGAAAUCUACAAGAAGUGGAAGGAUCUAUGCUGGAAGGCUGAGGAAAUUAAAAAGAACGUAGAAAAUGACUAAACUGGCUAUUUUGCGUAUUUUGGAGAGGUUGAGUCGAAAUGAAGUUAACACUUUGUGAAAAAACACAAAAAAGAAAAUUUUAUGUUGUUUAAAAUUGAAUGGAAAAUUAGACGCAUUUAAUAAAU